GGGGGGGGGGGUGUAGCCUUCAUCCUUUCUAUGGGCAUUCAUGCAAGCAAACCAUCCAGUGUUUUCCCACCCGUUCUUUCAGACGAUCAUUUAGCCACGAGAGCUAUCCCAGACCAGGUCAACAGAGCGCCACAAGAACGAUAUAUAUACUACGAUAUUCCGAACAAAGACAAGCAACAGAUGAUGAUCACAACAAUGAUCAUGCCGUGGACGAAAUUUGUUAUUGUCGCCACGCUUGUGUGCAUCCUGACGAUACACCGUUCUUUGGCUGACAAUGAAUGUUCAAGCAACCCUUGUGUUAACGGAACUUGUCUGGACGACCACUAUGGUUAUUACACGUGUGUAUGUGCACAUGGUUAUCAUGGUACGAACUGCGAGGCAGCAUUACCCAAAACCCCUGAUGAUGAGCUGUGCUAUUUCUCAAUCACUGAUCCGGUUACCAUGGUAACGAGUCCAGGGUUCCCCGCGGAAUCUGCUCACAAUACCGUCUGCUAUUACAUCAUUCGGAUUCAUGGAGCGAAGAAUAUCAGAGUUACAUUCAACGCACUCAAUACAGAGUGGCUCAAAGAUGUGAUUUAUUUGGGUACGGGGAACAACGCAAGUGAAUCGGCGAAGACACACACGAUAAUGGGAGAGAUCGGUGCCAACUCACAACCUGAUAUCAUCUUCAGUGCAUCUUCUAUAUUUAUGAUCUAUGAGACUGAUCAUAACAUAAUAUCAGAGGGUUUCAAUGCUACAAUUGAAGCAGACUUUGAUGACUGUAUGCCAUCUCCGUGCCAAAAUGGAGGCACUUGUAGCGAUCGGUUCCUAAGUUUCGAUUGCGCAUGCCCACCUUCCGCCACGGGAACACAAUGUGAAACGGAUGUCAUAUCAUUUUCCUCGGCAACUCCCGCUAUCGUUAGUGGUGAUGACGUCACAUUGCCUUCAUCCACGCAGCAGCUGAAUUUGAUCUUCAAUCUUGAACUUACUCCGUCCUCUCACUCAGCCAAUCCUCAUCUCGUAAUCCAAUCCACUUCGACCACGCCAUCGUGGACCGUCACGGCGUAUCUCAGCCAAGACGAAAACGGUGACGGAGAGAGGUUCGGCGAGGUUGAGGUGCCACUUAGAAAAGAACAAUCUGACGUCUCCUUAGCAAAUCACAUGACAUUUCGGGAUGUAACCGUCUCGGACAUGAGAAUACCCGAGUCAGUUCAGUGCAGUGAUGUUGGAUAUUUCUGUGCCAUAUUCAAUCCAAACAACGACUCACCUUCGUCAUCAUCAAUGCAGUCGUCACCGUCUCCGUCACAAAGCGCUGAUUAUUUGAUACGCGGCGAUCCUGAUUCGUCAGUUUUUGUCGGCUGCUCUCCAAUUCAGUGCAAAGAGAGUCCUCGAUGUGAAGGUGUAGAUUGUAGAACUGAAUGUGCAGGUGAGCAGAGAUGUAAUGAAGAAGAAGAAGGAGAAGAAGAAAUGGAGGAUAACGCACUAUCAGAUGAAGAUGAAGCUGAUCAAGUCGGGUUAGGUCAAAAUAGCACAUGGGAUCACCCACAUACCAACAUCAUCCUCCUCGUCAUAGUCGGUAUCGUUUGCACAGCUCUCAUUAUCAUCGUUAUACUUGUGCUUUUCAAAGGCCGUGAUAAAAUAAAACUAAUGUUCAUCCACUCUCCGUCAGCUCCUUCUACUUCCAAUGGACCAGUUAUUAGAUGGAUAACACCUCCGACAAACUCAAAUAUAUCACAGGCAGUAUCUGAAAGGGGUGAUGGAGUGCAAGGAAUACCAGACGGUUAUUUUGGGAUAGUGAACGAAGGAGCAAGCAGUCAUCACGAAGAAUCUCCCGCUCCCCCAUACAGCGAGGUGGCAAAAGAUAACAAGAUAUAAUCAUUGUUAUCAGUAAAGUUUCAUGUUUAUGGAGUAUGAAAAUAAUUAUGUACCGUAUUCGAAAACGAAAAUGAUUGUGUAUCAUAAUAAAUUUACGUAUGAGAAUGGAAUUUUCUUUUCUCACAGAAAUCGAAAGAUAUUAGCUCUUGUCGCUUUCGCUUCUACCUCACUUACAAGGUAUUUUACUGUUGUCUUCUCUUCUAUUUUCUUCUUGAUU